AUAUGGAAAAGGAAGUUGACUGGAAAAAUUUCCACAACAAAACUACCCAAUAUCAUUUAAAGAAAUCAACGUCAUUCUGUUGAUAUUCUUCAAGUGAUAGACAACAAUGUAAUUGGUAAGGGUUGCGGCAGUAAUAACUAGUUCACCCCUUCAUUCAACAGUGUAAAUUAUUUUUGCAGUGAUAAACAGAAUAAGAUCCAGGAUGAUUACUUUGAGAACAAGAUCCUUCUUCUUUGCAUUGUUCAUCUCGGUGAAUGUGUGUGCGGAUAAGAUUUUCCUCACGGACCUCACAGACAGCGCCAUUUAUGUAGGCGACAACAACGGACCGAACUUCUUCUCAUCUUCCUUCCGAAAGCUGCCUGUUUCUGGGGUUGAGGACCCAGUUGGUGUGGAUUAUGAUUACAGGAAUGAAAUGGUCUACUGGACGGAUGAGGGUAGGGGGAUAAUUAGUAGGGCUAAACUCGAUGGCUCAAUGCAGGAAGUAUUGGUUGAUGAUUUCGAAGGAGUUGGAUAUCCUGAAGGACUAGUAUUGGAUUUGGAGGAUGAACGGAUGAUUUGGACGGACACCUUGCUUGAGAAGAUCGAAAGUGCAAACCUUGAUGGCUCAUCGAGGAAAACUAUCAUCAACACCGGUCUUAACCUCCCAUGGAGUAUCACGCUUUCAUACAAGAGAAGGAUGCUGUAUUGGACUGAGCAUGGAGAUGACGAGUACAUCAAUUCAAAAAUUGAAAUGGCCACCAAGUAUGGUUUGAACCGUCGUACGCUUGUCUCAACUAGAAUCAAGCAACCCAACGGCGUGGCUUUAGACGGCCAAGAACAGCGCCUCUAUUGGACAGAAGGAUUUUAUGACGUCAUAGAAUCGAUAGAUCUCGACAACUUAGAUCGUCAGGUGCAUGUUUACGCAGAAUCCGGUGAUAUAUUUGUUUGGGGGAUAUCCCUCUACUUCGAUUCAAUCUACUUUACUGAAUGGGGGUCCUCGAUGCUUUAUGAAGUUGAACCUGGGGAAGAAGAAAUACGGACCGUGAGCGUUCAUGCAUUACCUGUUCAUGUAAAAGUCUAUGCAGAUCUUACCUGUCCUCAUCCGACCGAGUGCCAAGGUCACAGUACGUGUGAGUUGAUCGGAUAUGAGACGCCAUCCUGUACCUGCUUGCCUGGGUAUACUGGGCCAACGUGUAAUGAUGAAAUCACAUGUCCUCUACCUUCUAAUGUGAAUCCCGAUACCACUUUUGAGGACCCCAGUCCAAUAUACUAUAACGGCCAAACUCUGAUUGAAGUCUGUGAUAACGACAACGAUAGAAGAACGCACGUCUGCAAUGGGUUCACGGGUGAUUGGUAUACAACUACAUCGAUCGACUGUACCAAGUCUAGUUCUGGACUACCACAAGGAGCGGUGAUUGGCAUCUCAUGUGGUUUUGCUGUCCUCGCCGUUUUAUUCUUGGCAGUGUGUUGGAGAGCAUAUGCAAGCUCUCGUAGGACGAUCCCAACUACAUCGCAGAACCCCAUUCCUACAGCAAGCUACCCGGGCUCUAGUACCCAGGUCCAGGGGAUGCCAACGGUGAUAGUGGCUCCACCAGGAGCCGUUGGAGGGGCGCCUAUGGCCCCUCCCGUUCCACAAAAAGGUCAGAUCCCAAGUGGACAGUUGGCCCCUGUCGAAAUGCCACCUCCAGGCUACGAGUUUGUAGUAUAUAGUGGAAGUAAUAAUUAGCCUACCAAACACGUAACAAUUUAUUUAAAAGGACCCCCUAAAUUCCCGAAAUAUCUGGUCUAGUUUACCCGACCAAUCAAUAAUUUUGCUAUAGUUUUCCCAAAACAUCGGAUAAACUGGACCCGGCCUUCCAGGAUUUUGGGGUACCCUUUUCCCGAAUCACUGGCGGAUCCAGGGGGGGGGUCAAAUCUGGGCCGUGCCCCCCCCCCCCUUUGAGAGGCACACUUGAAAUUUGUAACGUAAAAAUGACAUUAAAAUAGAAAUGUGCCUUUCCCCCCUUGAAAGUGAAGACAAUUUUUUUUUGUGGACGAAAUGUCAUUAUUUUUUGGUUGAAAACCUUUUUUUUUUCCUUGUCAAAUUUUUUUCUCGGUAAAAUGUGCCCCCCCCCCUUGGAAAAUCCCUAACCCCCUUGUCUCGAAUAGUCGGGUAAAUCGGACCCGACUUUUUUUGGAAUUGAAAAACUCUUUUUCUGGAAUGGACGUUUUUCGCGAUUACCCGACCCGACGACCUGAUGUGAUGACACAAGCCUUCUUGAAUCUUUUCUGGGUCUCGAUGCGAAAACUCUUUAAUGCUUUGAAGAACGAUGCCUCUGAGGCUCCAAUAUAUAUGAUUAAAAAAUAUAAAAAGAAGCUAUAUUAUAAAAGAAAAAUACCUAAUAUAAAAAUGUUCAGCAUCCGAAAAUAAAGGUGGAUUACAGUGAGUGUGUGUGUGAGAGAGAGAGGGUAAGUGAGGUGGUGUAUGUUUGUGUAUACAUGUAUGUUUGCGGGUGUGGGUGAACGUAUGUGUGUGAGAGAAAGAGAUUUCAGUCAGUCAGUCAGUUUCCAAAUUUUGUUAAUAGCUUUCCAUGCCAUUUAUAGGGGUACUCCAGGCUGAAAAUCUAAAUGAAUAGAGUAAAAUAAAAAUAAAAACAGAAUGGAGAAAAUUCCAUCAAAAUCUGAUUACAAAUAAAGAAGCUAUCGAAUUUUAGAGUUAAGCAAUAUUUUGUGAAAACAGUUACAUGCACGUCGUCAUGAAUAUUCAUUAGCUGAGCUGAUAAUGUCCUAUCCCCACUUUUCCCUUUUCUUAUGUUAUUACAUUGAACUCAUAAUGGGUAUGAAAUAAUUCCGUUAUAAUAUAAAAAGUUGCAACAAUGUAUAUCUAAUGCAGUUUUCAAUCUAAUACUAUAAAUUCUUAUAUACAUGUAGAGAACAAAAUUCGAAUGAAAUAAAUUUCAUAUAAUAAUAUACAAAAUAACAAGAGGGAAUUGAAAUCAUAAUCAUAAGUUUUCUCAUAAAGACAUACAUAAAACUGUUUCACAGAAGUACUGCAAAUCUUUAAAAUGUCAUAGUUUUGCUAUUCCUUGUCUGAUUUUGAUCACAUUUUCAGUGUUUUGUUUGUCAGUUUUUGUUUCUCAGUUCAAAUGAAGGUAUUUUCAGCCUCGAUUACCCCUUUAAUGUUCUGUCACUCAUGAAUGUGGCUUAUUUCCCUUUAUCAACAAUUAUUAACCAAAAAUUAUAGAUAUGUACUUAAUCUGAAGAAAUAAAACCGAAAGGAUAUAACAUUUUGUAAAUCAUCAAUGUACUGCUCUCGUAUGACGUAGGAUUGUAACGCUUCUCUGAAGUUCCCGUACCAUGUGGGUUGUAAAUAUUGCCAUAUCAUUACCAUCAAAGGAUUUCCUAUAACCCUAAUUGUUCGUGGACAAAAUUAUGUCUGUGUUUCAUAUGAUAUUAUGUGUAUCGAAAUUAUAUAAAGGCUUAUAUAAGGAUUUAGCAAGAGAAGAUGGAAUGGAGGGGGGGGGGUAAUAACAAACAUAAGUUGCUGUUGCAUUGUUGCCAGAAAGUAUUUGCUUCCCGUAGAUUUCCGUGGUUCUAUCCUCCCUCAUGUAUAAAGACGUUGUAUGCUAAAUUCCUUAUGUUUCUUUGGUUCUAUAACAAUUGCUCCGCCGACAAUUGCUACACAAUAUACGACAACUGCUCCGCCGACAAGUGCUCCGGACAGUUGCUCCGUCGACACUUGCUCCGCCGAUAUUUGCUCCGUCGACACUUGCUCCGUCGACACUUGCUCCGCCGAUAUUUGCUCCGUCGACACUUGCUCCGUCGACACUUGCUCCGCCGAUAUUUGAUCCGCCGAUAUUUGCUCCGUCGACAUCUGCUCCGCCGAAAAUUGCUCCGCCGGCAAUUGCUCCGCCGAUAUCUGCUCCGAUCAUACGACAAUUGCUCCGCGACAAUCGCUCCGCCAAAAAUUGCUCCGCCGAAAAUUGAUCCCAUUAUACGACAAUUGCUUCGCCGAUAUUUACCCCGCCGACAUCUGCUCCGAUUAUACGACAAUUGCAUGAACAUCUUAUAUCUCCAAGUUGGUCUAUGUCAAACGAUAAUAAAUUCAUCCUGAUACAAA